AUGGCAAACCUCAGGGCUACCGCUCUCCUGGUCGCGUUCCUCUUCGUGGCCGUCGCCGUCGCCGUCGCGUUCGCUGACGGCCGGAGCCUCUCCAUGGCACAUGAGAAGGCCCACGGAGCUGCUGCAGUUGAUCAUUACGCGGCGCCGAAGCGCGAGACCGCGGCGACGCCGAUCUGCACGGGGGUGCACGGGGUGGUGGCCGGCGAGACCUGCGACUCCAUCGCCCGGCGCUUCCACGCCGGCCUGGGCCGCGUGCCUUUCUUCACCUUCGUCUCCCUCAACCCGAACAUCAACUGCCGGGGACUCUUCGUCGGCCAGUGGGUGUGCAUCCAGGGCUUCUUCCCCGUUUGAGUCGCCCGCUGCAUGCGCGGCGCGCCCGGCGCCCGUGCUUGCUGCAGCCUGCCACGAAUAAGAUCGAUGGACCUUUCGAACAAAGGAACGAACACGAAUAAAGAGAUGGGCUGCGGGCUGCCCAUGCAUGUGUGUACGUGCAUCUCAAAGUUAUUACGUAGAGUAGAGAGAUGCUCUAAAGUUGUUCUGUGUGAUGAUUAAAGGAGACCUGGUUGUGUUAAGUUUAUCAGCGAAUUUUCGCGAGGUUUAUGUUAAGUCUAUCAAACAGUACUGGUGUGGAGAAAUAAU